ACAGCCUAUUUAAUGGGUGGCAUUGUUGGUUUUGGUGUUACCGGUGGUGCUCAUCGCUAUUGGACUCAUCGUUCGUUUAAGGCGAAUUUACCAUUGCGUAUUAUAUUGAUGCUGUGCUAUACGGCAGCUGGUCAGAAUAGCCUCUACGAUUGGGUACGUGAUCACAGAGUACAUCACAAGUAUUCGGAAACCGAUGCUGAUCCUCACAAUUCAAAUCGUGGCUUUUUCUUUGCUCAUGUCGGCUGGUUGAUGAUGCACAAACAUCCUGAAGUGUUGAGACGUGGUCGUCAAUUGGAUAUGAGCGAUGUGUUGGCUGAUCCUGUUGUUCGUUUCCAUGAGAAAUAUUUCAUUCCAUUGAAAAUGUUGUGCUGUUUCAUACUUCCCACUGUGAUUCCCGUCUACUUCUGGGGUGAGGAGUGGUACAUCAGCUUCAUUAUGCAGUGUGUGUUCCGUUAUGUGUAUUCGUUGAAUUUCACCUGGUCGGUGAACAGUGCCGCCCAUUUGUGGGGUACACGUCCCUAUGAUAAGCGCAUCAACCCCAGAGAAAAUGUUUUGGUUUCAUUCGUCGCCAUGGGUGAGGGCUGGCACAACUAUCAUCAUGUCUUCCCCUGGGAUUACAAAGCAGCUGAAUUGGGCAAAUACUCCUUGAAUUUCACCACUAUGUUCUUGGAUGGCUUCGCCAAGCUGGGUUGGUGCUGGGACCGUAAAGAACCCACAAAGGAUUUGGUUAAACGUACCUUGGAUAAAUAUGGUGAUGGUACCCAUCCCUCAGUCGCCGAUGCUGAACACGACCAUCAUCAUGAACAUUUGCCUGAGGUGCCCGAUCCAGAAUACGAAUGUGAUGAUGAUGCCGAAUCGUCGAGUACAGAGAGCACAAAAUUGGAUGAAAAUGAAAAUCUUUCAAAGAAAAUGAUUUUAGCUUAA